UGUUUACUUUCAUUUCCUGAAUUUAGAGAAGAAGAAAAUAACUCUUUUUAAAGCUGAACUGCUUUUAUAUAUUGAAAAUCUGAUGAAAUAUUGCAGGAUUUGGAAUUUUUAGAGAUUGUUCAUUAGCUACUCUAAGGAAUCAUGACGUGACGACCAUACAUUCAUGAUUAUGAAUCAUGUUUAUUUUGAAACCAUGUGCUUUCAUCAUGUUCAUCAGCUGUUUUGUUUACAAAAUAUUACUGAAAGAAAAACGAUGAAGUAAAAUGAUGCAGACAACCUGGGUAGCUCUUAUCCUUGGAUGCUGGUCCAGUCUCUAUCUUCUUGAUGCAUUUUUAAAGAGUCAGCCAUGGUCUGCAAGACGGUACACCACCUGGCUUGACAAGACUGGAUUUUCUGUCUCAGUAUGCCAGUUCAGAUGGUACUCCACUGCAAUGAACCGAACCUUUGUACGUCUAGCACAGUGGAGACCACAGUUCCUUCGAACUUGGUUCACAUGUGGAGUAUUCUUUGGUCUGGUUGCCAUGUUGUUGUCAGUUUUUCUGCUGUCUUUGAUGGUGUUCAACACUCUCACUAGAAAUACGGUUGAAAGUCAAGUAUUAACACCUGUGAUGCCCGGAGUGAAUUUGCCAACCAGCCAAAUAUCAUAUUACCUGCUGACAUUGUUAGUCUGUGGUAUACUGCAUGAAAUUGGACACGCUAUAGCAGCUGUUAGAGAGCAAGUGAGAGUUAAUGGUUUUGGACUGUUUUUGUUGCUGAUUUAUCCCGGAGCGUAUGUUGACCUGUCGUCUGAUCACCUACAAGUUAUCUCCCCUCUCAGACAACUUCGUAUUUAUUGCGCUGGCGUGUGGCACAAUUUUAUCAUUGUCUUGAUCGGAAUAGCCGUACUGUUCACUUACCCAUGGUUCAUUAUGCCGUUUUAUACAACAGGAAAUGGAGUUGUGAUUACACAAGUUUCCGAGAACACUGCUGUAUCUGGUCCCCGUGGCCUGGCUGUUAGAGAUCCGGUAACCAGCAUUGGAGGAUGCAAGGUAACAUGUAUUAAAGACUGGAACCAGUGUUUAGCAGCUAGUAUAAGGGAACCGUCCUUGGGAAACUGUCUUCCUGUCUCCAUGAUCACUGAACUGGAUACUUCAAACAAACAUAGAAUAGAUUCUAACUCGCCAUAUAUUGACUGUUGUAAUGAGACAAGUAGCACACACUUGUGUUUUAUGUACCAUACAAAGAAAAACCCAGACAAUAUAUAUGCAUGUCUACCAGCUAGAGCAACUACAGACAGACCAGUGUGUAAGUUUCAGAGUGACUGUUACUCUCCCAACAUGGAGAUGUCCUGUGUUUAUCCGUCUGUGGACAACCAAACCAAGUUGUUACGAGUCAUACACGGGCAUAAACCACCAUUGUUGUUCCUCGGACAUCCACUUGAUCUGCAUUAUUCUGUGAUAUUGAGUAAUUACAUUCCAAGCAGUCUAUUUAUACCCGUCAACCUGCCAUAUGCACUCGAAACGUUCUGCAAAUACCUCAUUUCUCUGUCUGGUGCUCUUGUCAUACUAAAUGUUGUACCAUGCUAUGCGCUAGAUGGACAAUUCAUCUGCCAAGGAUUUAUAGAGCUAAUGCUACGUUCAACAAUACCUGACAAAGAAGUGCGCGGGGCCAUCUACUCACUUACUGUGUUGUUUGGAACAGUACUCCUGGCAUUGAAUGUUAUAAUGGCGAUGUGGGUGUUGUUUGUUGGUUGACAUAGUAAAGCUUGGAAAUGUGGAGUUAUUAUUUAAAACAGCAGACAUUUAAAGACGCUUCUUUAAGAGAUAGGGCAAUGAUAUUUAACAGUAUUGUUUUAUAAAAAGAAGGGAAAAUUGAAAUAGAAUGUGUAUUUACUGGAAGAAAAGGUUUGAUGGAGUCAGCAAACAGUGAAAGGACUGAAGAAAGUGGAAAGAGUGAAAAUAAACUGUUCAAACUUGUCAAAAAAAGGAUCCGACUGGAAUUAUUUAUACUUGUUUUCUGUAUUAUUUUUAAUUUAUCUAAGGGCAAGACAAUCACUGUGAUUUUGUCCCGUUUUUUGCCCUGGAUACCAUCUAAUGGUGAACAGUUUAAUUAUUGGUCAAUGUUUUAUUUGACAUAUUAUUUUUCAUGUUGAAAUUACAUUAACUUUAUAAAGUUAAUAUUGGUAAUUCUUGCAGAGCCUCUUUACUGCCGUAAACAGUUGCUCUUGAGCUAGAUGUUACAGUCUGUACCGGCAGCCAGUGUAAGAUUCCUAUAAUAUGUCAUAAAGCAUGGAAUUUACUCCAAUGAAUAUGACCAUGUUUUAGAAUGACAGAGAUUUUACAAGUCAUAGGAAUUUUAUCAGUAAUUAGUGAAGUCAGAUUUCUAUAAAAUACCAAAUCCGUAUAGGGCAGCACAAUUCCAUAAAAUGGAUGAUACAAUAGACCAAGUACAAGUCACAGAAAGCAAGUCACAAACUGUCAAAAUGCGAGCUUACACAUAGGAAGAUAUUACAAGCCUGAUUACCAGUGCAUUGUAUAUGAGAAAAUGUAUUCAAGUUAAGGGAUUAAAACAAAACCAUGGAUGGUGCUAAGCAAAACACACAUAAGAAAAAGAUAUUUAACUAAAUGUGAGAAAAUUGAUUAAAAUGAAUCUACCGGGUAAUGUUUAGACAAAACACAGCAUUUUUCAUUUCUGAUUUCAAUUGUCAGCAGAAUGAUGGUCUACAUGAUGAUUAAAUACCUGCCUUGCUGAAAUAAGUCCUGUAAGUAGGAUAUUGUUAGGACUAUAGUUUUACUUAAGGACUUUCCCAGGUAAAGAUCGAAGAAAGUUUUCUUUAAUAUUAAGGGGUGUAAAGCUAGUACUGGUCAACUAUGUGACUGUCUUCAUAUUCUCCAUGCUAUUUAAUGCUCAUAAAAAAUAGAAAAAACAAAAGUAUUCAAUUGUUAUUUUAAGUAAGGUUAGGAAUGAUUCAUGUAUCCGAAAUGUACAAACUUAAAAGAUAAACACAGUUGCACAGUUAGCAUAAAGGGAGACAACCUUAGUAAUAAUCUCAGUAAUUAUUAUAAUAUUCAUAAUCAUCAUGUGUUGUAUGGGACCAUUGUACAAACUCCAGAAUUAUCAGGCAAAAAUGUUCAUAUUUACAUGUAUUAUAAAUGAAAAAAUAUUUAUAUGUCGAUGGAUAUGAGGCCAUAUUUUUUUUGUCUAGUUUGUUAGGUCUGUCUCUCUGUAGACAACUAUAACCUAUGCUUAACAUUUUCAUUUUUGUAAACUAGAACCUUCAUGUUGAGAUACAACAUACCUCUUAAAGAGCACCUCAUUAUGAUGUAUGAUAUAUUACCUUGACCUGGAUUUGAAAUUGACCUUCAAGAUAAAAUUUUUCAAAUUCAGAAAAAUUCACAAGAAUUGCAUUAUAAUUUAUAACCAGAUUUAGAACAAAGGUGCAUUUUUGUUUUAUGAACACUAAUUGCCUAAUCUGAAUUUUUCCAUUAUAAAGAUACCGUUCUGUUUACUUGUAGAUUGUUACAUACAAUGCUUCAAAUUUCUCAUUACAGCUUGUGUUUCAGUCAGUUAAUAUAAUUAAAUCGUAGAUUAAAUAAGAAAACAAAAGGGUCAGUCGCAUUAAUGGCUGGUUUGAUUGAGCUCUUCUAGGAAGAGAAUUGGCAAGUUAGAAGACCUCUGAAAAGAGAGGCCAAUAGAAUGUUUGGCAGUCAAUUUAAAAUUGCCUCCAGUCAGACAAUCUCAAUUUAAUGACAAAUGACUUUUUGUAUGAUAUGUGAUAAAAUAAUAUAUUUUCUUAACCUACGAAAGUAAAAAUGUAUAAAAACAUCCACAGUAUUAAAACGUUAUAUUUUACUCACAAUUCCUUGUCAGCCAUGCAGUUUAAUCACAUGACUUUUACCUCUUCCAAGUAUCCUGUCUUAUCGGUUGGAAUAGAUAGAAGAGCUUCUAAAAAUAGAAUGCGAACGGUCCUGAAGAGCGCUUCUUAUUCCGGUAGCUCUUCCAUUUUAUCAGUCGAACUGGCCAUAGGUCAUAAUAUGCUCAAUACUGGAUUUUAUAUAAAGAUUUUGUUAUACUUUUCAGAGAUUUAAACACUUGAUUGUGUAUAUAUCUCAUUGUGUAUUUCAUUGUAUAUGAAAUCCUUGAAUGAUCCAAUUUUAACUUGUAUAUUUUGUUGACAAGUUUGUUAUUAAUGCUACCUAACUUAUCUACUGUGUUACAAAAUUGUGAUUAAUGCUAAAUACAGAUUACAUAAGGAUGUUAAUAUCAUAUUUUGUUAAUAAUUUGUUAAGGAAAUACUGAGGGAGUGGUAUAUACCUGAAGUGUAUGUUGUUGUUGUUUUUUUGUACAAACAUCUUCUAAUUUUUGGUGACCAUAUUUGGAUAAGAUAUACAUUUUAUAUGUGCUAUUUUGUGUUAGAUUGCAGUAAAACACUCAAUUUUGUAACCUGAUUGGAAAAUUGUUACCAAUGUACAGAACUGUUUGGUCUAAGAAUACAGUAUAAAAUGGCUAUUUACAGUAUUGUAUUUAAUUUUAUGUGCUAAAAAUUGAGAAAUUUGAUAUUUUUCAUGCCAGUAAUAUUGGAUGAUAUUACAGUAAAUUAUUUCUUGUUCCAAAAUGUAAACUCAAAGCUGAUCAGUAACAUCAUAAUCAUUAUGUCAUCUCAAUAUAUACUCAUUUAAAACUGCAUGUUCCAAGUGUCAGUGAAAUUUUUGUUAAAUACCAUAUUUAUUAUUAAAGGUACUGAAAUAAAAAGUUUAGUGUGACAGUACAUAUUAUAAAGUGACAUUAUGCUUAUUUUUUCAUUGUCAAGUUGAAAAAGUAAUGAAUUUUAAGAGAUUAACUAUUAAAAUGGUUAUUGACCAAUACUUGAUUUCUUUAAAAAGAAUUUUGGAAUCACGUUUAAGGCCUGUUUAUUUAAACUUUACAUAAUACAUUCAUUUUACAAUAAUUAAUAAUGAAAAAUAUUGAGGAUAAAAUAUAAAAACUUCCUAAAUUAUAAAGGCUGCCCCAGAAUUUAAAAAAUAAAUAAAUGUUACUGAUACAUUCUGAAUGCUAUUAAUAGAAAUGUCCUUGGGUCACAUAAUUUAUUGAUUAUUUUUGCAAAGUAAAGACAAUUAUGGCAAAAUGUAAAGUUGUUUUGACUUACCUGUGCACUCACCAUUUACACAUGGACGGACGUAAUGUCACUUUAACUUGUCAUCAUCACUUGUUAAAACAGCUUUUUUCACAUCCUGCUUUCAUUUCUUGCUGACUCAGCAAUAUUUAACAUGUGCAAUGUUAGUGCAAAUUAUGGGCUUAUAUAAAAAUGCAAUUAUUUGUUACCUUCUUACUGAUUACAUAAUUUAUAUACAUUUAUUUAUUAGUUAAAUUUAAAGUGUAUAAAACUAAAUAUCUCCUGCAAAAAUUAUUAUUUGAAUGCUUCCAAAAUGCUUGUUAGAAAGAAAUCUGGUAGUAAAAUCUAGUAGUAAAUAACCUUAAAAGCAAAUGGCGCAUUCUCGAAAUCAUUGUUAAACAUAAAACCUUCUUAAAAUUGCAAUAAUAAAU